AUGGUUUAUAUGGGUAUCAGCUUGAUCUACAGAUACGUUUUGACUGCGGAUCAACAAAUGUAAGUGCUUUGGUUUGAAAAUACAUUGCCUGGCCUUGCCCUGGCCUUGCCCUGGCCUUGCCCUGGCCUUGCCCUGGCCUUGCCCUGGCCUUGCCCUGGCCUUGCCCUGGCCUUGCCCUGGCCUUGCCCUGGCCUUGCCCUGGCCUUGCCCUGGCCUUGCCCUGGCCUUGCCCUGGCCUUGCCCUGGCCUUGCCCUGGCCUUGCCCUGGCCUUGCCCUGGCCUUGCCCUGGCCUUGCCCUGGCCUUGCCCUGGCCUUGCCCUGGCCUUGCCCUGGCCUUGCCCUGGCCUUGCCCUGGCCUUGCCCUGGCCUUGCCCUGGCCUUGCCCUGGCCUUGCCCUGGCCUUGCCCUGGCCUUGCCCUGGCCUUGCCCGGGCCUUGCCCUGGCCUUGCCCUGGCCUUGCCCUGGCCUUGCCCUGGCCUUGCCCUGGCCUUGCCCUGGCCUUGCCCUGGCCUUGCCCUGGCCUUGCUCUGGCCUUGCCCUGGCCUUGCUCUGGCCUUGCCCUGGCCUUGCUCUGGCCUUGCUUUGGCCUUGCUCUGGCCUUGCACUGACCUUGCCCUGGCCUUGCUUUGCCAUGUUCUGGUUGGCCCUGCUUUGCUUUCCCGGACCCUAAUCUACUCUAGUCCGUCCUAGCCUAUCACACCACUGCCUUGCUCUACCUCUUCUUCUCUACUUUACUCUGGUUCACCCUCUUGUACUCUAUAUUACUCUACCUUACCUAACUUUACACUGUUCUACGUUAAUUUUCUGUAAUGACUUGUUAACGUUUAUCUUUCUAGCGACUUUGCCAAAAUAGCCAAGUACUUUGACAAAGACUUGGCCAAGUACAUGCCUUUAAGUUUCCUACUCGGUUUCUUCGUUACACAAGUUGUCAGUCGAUGGAGCCAUAUUACCGAAGACUUUGGGUGGAUCGACAAGUAAGUUUUGUAAAAUACGAUUUACUAAUCCUGGUUAAAAAAUAAUUUUUUACAAAUUUAGCUCAGCGACCAACUUUGCCAAUUUUAUUCACGGUAAUGACGAAGAAACUCGGAUAAUUCGUCGUACUUUGGUGCGGUAUAUGGUGCUGAAUCAAGCGUUGGUGCUACGUGACAUUAGUAUGCAAGUGCGGAAACGAUUUCCCACUCUUGAUACUAUGGUUGUUGCUGGUGAGCUAUUAUACUUUAAUAUCAAAUUACAAAAAAAAAUUUUUGUUAUUUGGUACACUUGGUACUGUUAGUGGUACUGUUGGUAUUAUUUUUUGCAUAAAAAGUUUUGCGCUUUUUAUAAAAGUAUGCAAAUUGGCUUUUUAAGCAACUUUUUGAAAAUGGUACACUUGGUACCAUUAGUGGUACUGUUGGUACUAAUUUUUUUAUAAAAUUUUUGGGUUUUUUAAAAUUUUUUAAAUUAAGCUUUAGUACAAAUUUUGUAAGAUGUUACACUUGGUAUCAUUAAUGGCGCUCCUGGUACGUUUUAAAAAAUUUUUAACUUUUUUAAAAUCAAAAAUUUUUAGGUUUUAUGACAGAAACCGAAAAGCUAGAGCUAGAAAGCAUCCACGACGAAUAUACAAGAUACUGGAUCCCAUUACACUGGUGCUACGGCAUUUUGGACAAAGCCAGAGAGACGAAACGUAUUGCUAGCGAUCACUUGUUGGUACAUCUUGUUGAGGUGAGUUUUGUUUGUAAAAUACGGUGUUUUGUUUUUUGCCAUUUAAUUUUACUUUUAAAAUGUAAAAAAAAAACAGUGCAGGUUACUUGUUACUUUAGGACCUACAACACUUCCGAGAAGGCUUGACCAAUCUGCUAAAGUUCGAUUGGAUCCCAAUCCCACUGGUAUACCCUCAAGUGGUUUUUUUAACUGUUAGAGUGUACUUUGGCAUCUGCUUGGUUAGUCGACAACAUUUGAAGGGUGAUGAUGUAAGUUACAUAGAUUAUAUGAAGGUAACUGUAUAUACUUAAGUUAAGUAUUAGGUGCCGACAUAAACAACCCGCCAUACUUUGUCUGUAAUUUCCUGUAAAAAAUGGCGGGUUCUUUAUUUCGGCACUUAAUAGUGAAGCUAAUAUAGCAACAACUACACUGUAGUAAUGUUAAAACAUCAAAAUCAUUUCUAGCUAGACCUAUGGGUUCCAAUAAUGACCAUGGUAGAGUUCAUCAUCUACAUGGGAUGGAUGAAAGUGGCCGAAGCCCUACUAAACCCCCUAGGUGAAGAUGAUGAUGAUUUGGAGAUCAACUGUGUAAUGGACAAAAACUUAAUUACUGGUAUGUUAUUGGUCGACAGAGGAAACGACCAAAUUCCGCCGCUCAGCAAAGACAAACACUUCUAUGAAGCUGUCAUUCAUCCUUUAUAUAGCUACACGGCGGCUGGCAGGACGGUACAGCCAUUGGUGGGCAGUGCUUAUGAAGUCAAGUAGGUUUUUAGGGACAGGGGCUUAGAGUAGUAUAUAUGAGAAACGGGCCGGGCUUGAAUGUUAGGCCCGGCCCGAUUUAAAGUUUGCUCAGGGCCGGCUUGGCCAGAUGGCAGGCCCGGUCCGAGCUGGGUUAAUUUUUUUUACGUAGAAACGGGCCGGGCAGGGCCUGAAUGUUAGGCCCGGCUUGAUCUAUUUUGCUCAAGGCCGGCCCGACCAGUUUCUCAUGCCUAGCUUAGAGAAACCAAAUGUGUAUUUUUUUUGUUUGUAAAGAAAGUUUUUGCUAUAAAAAAUAAUUUGAAAACUAUUUUUUUUAGAUAAGGCUAAUUGUUAGCUUAGUCAGACUAAGCUACGGCAUGCGACAGGAUAGGCUAGAAUAAAGUAAAGUGUAAGAAAGGGUAGGGUGAGGUACGGUAGGGCACAACAGGGUAAAGUAGGGCUUGGUAGAGUAAACUAAGGCAGGGCAAGGUAGCGUAGGUAGAGUAGGGGAGGGUACGGUAAGUAGGUUAGGUAAAGUAAACUAGCCUAAGGGUAGGGUAGGGUAGGGUAGGAAUUUAGUACAAAUGAUAACAAUUAAAAAUGCUUUUUAAGGUAUCAUCAAUAACUCUUUACAAUUUUAAAAGUAAUAUCGUUUGUGACAGCUUACAUCAAAGUUUUACAAAACAUUUUCCGAGUUUACAGUGUUUUUACAAAUACCGUGAUUAACAUUCUGUGUGGUCCGGACAAAAAAAUAAUCAAAGAGUUCAAGGUUUUGAUCUUUUUUAUCAUCCACGGAAACCUUGUGGUAGUUUAUCAUUACUUUGUUGUUACAGUAAAAACGUCAUUUUAGGUAAGAAAAAUUACCUAAUUUGCAGAGUCAUUACCUAAAAAAAUAAAAAAAAAUUUUUAUCAGUAAAAUACGAAAUUUGCAAUAAAUUUUAAAAAUUUAACAAAACACAUUACAGCAUGGUGAAAAAAGAAGCCCGUGUAACAAUGGUACCUCAUAAAUCAAGGCUAGUUUAUAUGGAACAGCACGAGUACGUAAAUUGUACUGAGGUUGUUGAUUGCGCGAAACACAACGAAGCUCAUGCAACUCGAAAGGCCACUUACAGGAAAAACCGACCAGACAAGGCGUGGAAGAGCAUCAGAGAUAGAAGAAAGUAGGUUGAAAUGGUGCUUAGUAGGACAAAAUGGUACUUUGUGGGUUAAAAUGGUACUUGGUAGAUUAAAAUGGUACUUUAUUAUAAAUCUUUAUUUUUUUGUAGUAUAGUGGUUUAUGUUUUUGUUGUAGUAGUACGCUAAAAAACGUUUUAGUACUAGUAGUACUGUGAAAGAAGAACUGCAAUGACAAUUAUAGUACUAAAAGAUAAAUAAGUACGUAUAUAGUACUAACAACUCAUUUUAGGAUAAAACCAACAAAAAACUCAUCAGUGAUAAUUAAUGGACUAGAGAAACCCAGUUCGAAUUACAGUCCAGAGAAUGACAGCUCAAGAUUUUAA